GCUACAGUUGCUAAAGCUUCAUUUCGAAAUGUCUCUUUCUAUUCUAAAUAAGGACUUCUUUAAGACUAAUACAAAUCACAAAAAAUGGCCGACUUAAAUCUACAAGAAAUCCAUGAUACCCUCAUCUCGGUGGCCCACGAGGCCGGCCGUAUGAUACUGUCCGCAAACCCUACUGAUAUUUCUACGGGAACAAAGUUGAAUUCCGCAGACAUAGUAACCGAAACCGACAAAGCAGUCGAAGCCCUCGUAUCCACCCGUCUCUCCGCCGCAUACCCAACAUUCUCCUUCAUCGGCGAAGAAACCUACAAACCGGGGGUCGAAGUAACAUCCGCACCGACAUUCAUAGUCGACCCCAUCGACGGGACCACGAACUUCGUGCACGGCUUCCCGCACGCUUGUAUAUCACUCGGGUUUGCCGUUGAUCGCAUCCCAACCGUCGGAGUGGUGUAUAAUCCCUACCUCGACCAAUUAUACACCGGAAUCCGCGGGCAGGGGGCUUAUUUAACACAAGGUGCGGUUUGGGGAUUGGAAGGUGGGAAGGGGAGGAAGAGUAAACUACCACUAUCCAAGAACCCGCCCCCGUUGAAGGGCUUGGAUACGAGUCUUGUGGGUAUAGAAUGGGGUAGUACGCGCGAUGGACCAAAUUACGAACUCAAAGCUGAAGUUUUUAAGAAGCUUUGCGCGAGUAAGGAGACCGGUGGUACGAUGGUGCAUUCACUUCGCAGUUUAGGGAGCGCUGCUUUGAAUUUAUGUGCGGUUGCUGCGGGGCAGUAUGAUUUAUACUGGGAGGGCGGAUGUUGGGCUUGGGAUGUAUGCGCUGCGUGGGCUAUACUGGCUGAGGCUGGAGGUAUCAUGGCGAGUGGAAAUCCGGGCGAUUGGAAUCCUCCGAUUGAUGGGCGCAAAUACCUUGCCGUGCGUGGCGCGCCGAGUGGACAGAAGGAGAUUGUGGAGGAGUUUUGGAAGGUUGUUGGUGAAGGACGGAUGGAAUAUGAGAGCUAAGAUAGUGACCUUACGCGAUACGCGAAAUCUGAGAUAUCUAGGGCUAUGAAAAGCGCGAUGGUGGUUUAUUGGAAGGGACGUGUUUUUUACAAUACGCUGUUCCGUUGAAGGGGCAUGGACAAAGAGAAGGGAUGGAGAAUUACCAAAUUAAUAGACCAUACAUACCUACAACUUACUUGGCCUAGGUACCUGGCUUACCCCAUUCCAG